GUUCCUGACACGUCUGGCGUAAUCAUGUAAUGCAGCAAAGCAACGGUGUGAGAUAAGCGGCGUUGCCCCAAGGGAUAGUUCUUCUCGUGACUCAAUUCGACUCGAAAUGAAUGAUUCUAAUGAUUGGUUACCAGAGACUCAUCUGGCUUUGCUUCGUAUGGCUAGGUCGGUCUCGCGUAAUGAGUGGUUCGAUUCGCGACGUUGCGCGACUGUUGUUGCACAGAUUGAGAGAGCGCAAGUGCUUAACAGGGCGAUUCAGAAUAAUUGAGGGAGGGGCACACAAGGGUGAGGGAAAAUCUAUUCUUGGAAAGGGAGUGUCUUCCCAAAGCAGAAAAAGAAAGGAGAGAGAUCGGAAUCGUAAGAUCAAGACCGACUGGAAGGGAAAUGACUGAUGAUGGGGGUGGUGGUGGUGCGCUCCGAGAAGC